AUGGGAAGCCUCAUCCGGGACUUCGGCGGUGAGACUCUGGAGCUCUCGUCCAUCCUUCCGGCCAAUCCCAGGGAGUACGACAACCUGGCACCGCCAAAGGAAAAAGGCAAACCGACCGGGGUCAAAUUUCACGUGACCGUUCUCAGCUUGGAUUCUAUCGACGAGGGAUCCAUGACUUACGUGGCAGACAUCUUCAUGUCCCAGUCCUGGUACGACCACCGGCUGCGGUUACCACGAAACAUGACGGCGAAGUACCGGCUUCUCCCGGUCAGCUGGCUCAAGCGCAUGUGGAGACCGGACUCUUUCUUCAAGAACGCCAAGAGGGUCACCUUCCAGGAGAUGACCAUACCCAACCACUACAUCUGGCUCUACUCGGAUCGGAGCAUACUGUACAUGGUCAAGUUGACCCUUCUCCUGUCGUGCGCCAUGAAGUUCGAGACGUACCCGCACGACACUCAAGUGUGCACCAUGAAGAUCGAAAGCUGUGAGUGCUGCCUUGGUGUUCCUUUGUUUUCCUACCCGCAUUCUUUUCAAACCUCGGUAACCGAGGGGUGUCGCUGCUGCUGCUACGACCGGAAUGAGACACACAUUGACAAGCCGACAGAAAUGUCUGUGUGCAACCCAGAAAAGAAACAAAAACAUGACCCGGUAGCAAACAAGACUCGUCCAAUAUGUGGUUGGUCAAUAGGGGGCUCGUAA